AUGUCAUUCCUCGCCCGCCGCGCAACGGCCGCCGUGCCUCGCUUUGCCCGCCCCUUCAGCGCCACGAUCCCACGGCCCGUAGCCAAGAUCACCAUCGUCGGCAACCUGGCAGCGACGCCCGAGCUCAAGGCCACUAGCACCGGUCGCGAGCUGGUUGAGUAUGCCGUGGCGAGCAAUUCGGGCCCCAAGGACAAGCGCGUCACCAGCUGGUUCCGCGUCACGUCCUUUGUUGAGGAGGGUCCCCGCCGCGACUUCAUGACGAGCAUUCCUAAAGGGUCUACGGUCUUUGUGCAGGGCAAUGCUACCAUAAGAACGUACCAGGAUGCCGAGGGUAACAACCGGACGGCGCUCAACAUUGUUCAGUCUGAUCUAGAAGUGCUCAAGAGACCACAGCCGCAGUCUGAGGAGGGCGAACACGAAUAA